AUGAGGUGGAAGAAGACCGAGGUCAUUCUCGCCAAAACAUUCCCGGGCGAAUGGACGCCAUCCGCGACCAACCUGUGCGGACCUCUGGAGUACCCCUUGAAAGUUGAGGACCUCCUCUUUAACCUGAAGAGGGAGCAAUCCGGGGUGGAGUGCCUUCUGUAUAAAAUGGAGUGCCUGUGCAAUGUACCGCUCCACGCCAACGUCUGCACGGCGCUGAGCCAUCACCACAUGGCCAUUUCCUGUGUCUCGGAGCUUGUGAACAUGGCCCAGCGUCAGCGGCACAUACCUCAUCCUACAGAGGACAAAGACACCGUGCUGCUGGUCUUCGCCCUGAAGGAGCUGGCAGGGGCCACCAGGAAGCUCCGUACGGCCCUGUGGUGCGCUCUCCAGAUGAGUCUGCCUGAACCUGUCAAGAGGCUGGACCACCAAGACGUAAACAGGGAAGAGACACACACACACAGCUGCCCCUCGUCUCCCAACGAGGGCUACUCUUUUAGGAUCUAGUGGACAUCAAAUAUAGUUACGUGCAUGGAUAGUUCUUCGAAAAGCCAUUGCAAAAAUGAUUCAAUCUCACACAAGAUAGCAGCUUCAUGCACUUACCUAAAACGUUUGUCGACUUAGUGAUCCGAACAGAAUUGCUGCUUUGACACUUUCAGCUUCAAGUGGACGGACUGUAAUCCAUUGUGAAGUUCCCCCACUAAAAUUUGUCUUAUUCAAUCACAACUUUAUUUAAAAGACAGUAUUUAUGUGCUUCUUGAAUAUUUAUUGAAAAGUUAGACUCAACGCUAACUACUUCUUAGGCACUAUUUGAAUCAUAAUUAAAUACACCACUUAUUGAAACAAUGUAAAAAAAAAAAAAGUUGGAUCAAAUAUCUGAAUUAUUUGUUUUUUAAUUCAUACUCAGCAGUUUUCCCAUUGGGAACAAGUGUUAUUACUGUGUCAUACUACAAUACUAUCAGUGAACUGGAACAAGAAUAUAUGAAUUGAACAAAAUCCUGCAGUUUUACCUCGGCCGCGAACAUUUCGACACCCUUUGAAUCAAAUCCUAGUAAUGAUUAAUUUGUUUGUCAUUUUGACGUUAAAAGUUGGCAGCUCAGUUGUUCAGAUGCUAAUUGUUGUUGCUCCAGUUACUUUUUUCAUGCGGUUACAAUGUUUGUUUUUUCCAUUCUACAUGUUUGUACUUUCUACAUUAAAAACAAAUUGAAAU